AAGAUAGUAUGAGUUGCCCAUCGACUACAGUAAAAUGAUCAGUUAUUUCUCAUACUGUUCAUACUUUUGAUUUUAUACUCUUUGGUCUUUAGUACAUAAAUGCGGAUCAACAAUUUAUGUGGAAACAAUUAAUUAAAUUACAUACAAUAAAAUAUAUAAAAAAAAGCGUAGAAAGUGUUGAAAAAUAGUAAAAAAGGGAUGUUGAAAGUUAAAAAUACCAUUAAUUUGUGUACCAACUAUAGAUUGAAGUAUUCGGUAUUUCUUAAACAAUAAGAUCUUCAAAAUUAUUACCUUAUAAUUAAAAAAAAUGUUGACUUUGAAUACUGAGUCACCAAACAUUGAAAAAAAAGUAUCUCCUGUUAUUGAAAAAAAUGAAAUUGAUAAAGUAUCUACUUCUGACAAAAAAAAAGUUACUCCAUCAAAAAUAAUUAAAACAAAUGAAGGUGGUAGAAGACCUGGACCAAAGUCUAGAACAUGUGUACCACAGUUAAAAACUGAAAAAACAACUUCAAGUCUAUUAAACAAAAAUGAAAUGAACCCAGAACAAGCAGGUAAUAAUAAUAUUGAUUUAACUGACACUGUUGAAGCCGAAUCCAAGAAAAUUACUAUUGUUACAAAAGAAGAAAAAAUAAAUGAAGACGCAAUGACUAAUUCUCUAAUAAAUUCCGUACAUACUGAUAAUAAUAUAGUAAAAAUGAAAAAAAAAGAAAUUAAACUAACUACAAAUUUACAUCAAUUUGAUAAUGGUGUGAAAUUUGAUAUUGUUGAAGAAAAUACUAUAAUACGCAACCAUUUAGAUAAAGAAAAAAAUGAGAGUAUUAAAAUUAAAGUAAAGGAAGUUACAUCAGAACUUAAAGAAGAUGAAGAUAAUUUACAUGAUGAGGAAUUGGAUCAUGAAAUGUAUGAAGAAUUGGACCAUGAAGUUGAUGAAGAAGAAAUGAUUAAGAGUAACGUUGGCCCUAAUCAAAAUGAUACAGUAAAAGCAGUUCAAGAACAUAACAAAGAUGACAAUAAUGAAGACUCAAUUAACUUAACAAUCGGAGAAGAUGAUAUUAAAUUAUUUGCUGAUGAGGAAGAUACAAACAUUGAAAAAGAGGACGAAGUGAUUGGGAACCAAACCGAUGAAAAAACAUCACUAAUCAAACAGCGUGAAUCUUGCCAUCCAGUUACUAGUAGCAGAUUGUCAACUGGAUUGGUCAAAAGCCGUCGCAAUGCAACUGAGAAGCGAUCAUCUAUUGGGGAUAAACUACGCAGCACCCAUAAAGAAGACAAGGACAUCAGCAAUGCAAAACCCAUCAUCAAUACGCUCAAAGAUGAGAAGAAAGAAGGAGAGAAACAAAUUAAAGAUAAAGUGGAAACUGGCAACAAGCAGAGUAAUGAUUCAAAUGCUCAACAGAUAUUAAAUGACACAUCAAAAAAAAACAAUUCAUCUUUGGUUCGCAACAUUUGGGUUAGUGGUUUGUCAUCAAUUACGAAAGCUACUGAUUUAAAACAACUUUUUUCAAAAUAUGGAAAGGUGGUUGGUGCAAAAGUUGUGACUAAUGCCAAAACUCCAGGAGCUCGUUGUUAUGGUUUUGUUACAUUAUCUUCAGCUGAAGAUGCUAAUCGUAGUAUUGAACAUUUACAUAAGACUGAACUUCAUGGACGUGUUAUUAGCGUUGAACGAGCUAAACGUGAUAAUGGUUAUCAAGUAACUGCAAAAAGUUCUGAUUCAUUUAAAGUAAAUAAAAAUCUUGAAAAUGAUCAAAAAACUAAAAUAAUUGAGGAAAAAAAAGAUAAACCAGAAGAAAAAAGAGAAAAAAGACCAGAGAUUACAAUUAAUGAUGUUAAAAAACCCGACUUAUCAACCAUUAAGCAUUCAUCAAAAGAUCAACAUCAAGAUUUAAAACGCUCUAAAAUUGUGAUUGAAAGUAGUGAGCGGAGAAAAGAUAGAAACAUCAAAAGUAAAAGCAAUGAACGUGAUAAAGAAAAACUAAGAGAAUUAGAACGAGAAAGAGAACAUUUAGAAAGAGAGAAAAGAAAACAGCAGGAGAUACUAAACUUAACAAAAUUGAAAACUGAACGUGAAAAACUAAGGCAAAGAGAACAUGAGAGAGAAAUGAGAGAAGGAGAACGUAUGAGGCGCAUAGAAAAAGAACAUCAACUAGAAAUUGAAAAAAAACAAAAAGAAGAAGCAAUUCGUCUUGAAAAAGAAAGGCAAAAACUUAGAAUUGAACGUGAACGAAUUGAAAAGGAAAAAUUAGAAUUAUUGCGUUUAGAACGUGAAAAUCAACGUUUAGAACGAGAAAGACUACAGAGAGAAAAAGAAGAGUUACGUAGAGCACAAGAAAAACUUGAGGAAACAAAGCGUCAAGCAUUACUUAAACGUGCUGCUAUUCCUCCAUCUCCUCCAAUCCCUAUUAAAAGACAUUCUUCAUCAAAUUCAUCUCGGUAUGAAGAAAGGAAAGAACCAAUUCGUAGUUCUCGUAUGCAGGCAAGUUCAGACUAUUUAAACCAAGCUCCACCUCCACCUCCUAAUAUAACUUCAUCUAGACAUCACUAUGAACAGCAUCCUUCAGAUUCUCGUCGUAUGAGGCUAUCACCGCCACCUCCGCCCCCACCAGCAUCAAGACCCAAAGACUCUACCGUGAACAUCAGAUAUGGUGCUCAACUAGCAACAGAUCAUCAUUACAGAAGUCGUGAUGAUCGAUCAGACCGAAGAGAUGAUUCUCGUAGGAAAGAUUCAAGUUGUGGAAGUAGUAACAGACAUGCUCAUGCAUCAUAUGAUUCAAGCAAAAGUUCCUAUGGAAUAUCCCGCAACAGUGAAAGUAAUACCUGGCCAUCAGUACAAUCAAUCCACGUAAAGGGUACUUAUGGUACACUUGGUGCAAGUUCCGGAACUAAUAGUAUGGUAGUAAAUAUGAGACCAAACCCAUGGGGACAUUCUAAUUUCCGAGAAAUGGAUCCAAAUGUUUGGCAACGUACAACUCAACCUCCACCUGAGAAGUGGAACAGUACAUCAAGCAAUCCUUCAUCUAUGUCAAUAAGUGGGCGUAGUUCAAGUAGUAACACUGUGUAUAAUAAUAACCAAGGUAUACCAAACAUGGGAUUAAACAUGUCAACAAACUACAGUGAUAGUCGAUUUGACAGUUACAAAAUGAGUGGCAUGUCACGCAAAUAUUGAACUGUUAAAUACUUUGCAGUUAAUCAUAGUUCAAAACAUUCCUUUGUCUUUGUGCUAUUCAAUUUUUUUUUCUAACAGUUGCUAAAGGAAUAUGUUUCUUAAAUUGUUCUAUUUUUGUUUUUUGAUUAAAGUUAUUCAAUAAUUUCUUUGCUCUUUUCAUAUAAAUGUUAUUCAAUUAUAAAAAUGAUUUGAUUUUUAGUUGAAUGUUAAUUUUAAGGACAUUUCAUUAAAAAAAUUAUAGUUAUUUAUUUGAUUAUAAAAUUUCUCAAAUCCUAUAUUACACAUUAAAUUUAAACACCAAUAAUACUUUACUUUCUCAUUAUAUUAUUAUUUAAUUUUUUUUCUUUUGUCUCAAAAAUUUCAAUAUCACUAAUAAUAAUUAAUUAUUAAAUUGUAUAACCCUAUGAAAUAUUGUCCUCUUUCAGAAAAAAAAACAGAGCGUGUGUAAAAACUUAUUUUAAUUUUAUUUGCUUUGAAUGAUUUUGCCUCAAGGUGUUUUUAUUUUAUUUUAACCAAUUGGUCUUUAUUGAAUACUGGUAAUCGUAAACCUUUAAAUAAAUAAGUCUUAUCUGUUUUGAACUUUACAUUACCUACAUUUUAAAUACACUAUGAUUACACUAUAAAAUGUAAAUUUUGAAAUUUCUAAUAAAGCUUAAUCAUGUAAUUAUCAUUA